AUGCUUCGCCAGAUCGCACGCUCCUCUGUGUCGACACUUGUGUCAUCGCAGCCCUAUGCGUCGGUACUCGUGCCCCGUAUGGUCGCCGUUGCGACCCCGUUCAGCCACAUCGCACGCCCAUACUCGGCCUCGACACACGUUCAUGCUGCUCGCGCCCCCCGCCGCCCUCACCGUCUAGUCCACGCUCCCGCUGUCCGUGGUCUUCACGCCAGCCCCGAGCCCAGUACAUUCUCUCUCCAGAGUCAGGUGCCCCGCUUGCCGAUCCCCUCGCUCGAGGAUACGGCGGCCCGGUAUCUCAAGUCGCUCGAGCCGCUGCUCAGUGCGCACGAGUACCAGAGGUCAGAGAAGGCCGUGGCUGACUUUAUCGGCAAGGAUGGUAUGGGUCCUGUCCUCCAGGCUCGUCUGCAGGAGGUCGACAAGAACGCUCCUUACAGCUGGCUCGAGGACAUUUGGCUCAACAAGGCCUACCUCGAAUGGCGUGGUAGCUGCUACAUCAACGUCAACUGGGGCGCGACUAUCGGUGACAAUGCCAACCUGCCGGUCCUCCGUGACGUUCCUGCCGACAAGGUGACUGUCAUUCAGCUGGACCGUGCCGCGCGUGUCAUCUACCACAUGCUCGAGGCCAACGACGCCAUCAACGACAACACCAUGCCCGUCGACCAGGUCAAGGGCAAGCCUCUCGACAUGGACCAGUUCAAGUGGCAGUUUGGCACCACGCGCAUCCCCAAGCCUGUCCGCGAUGAGUUGAAGUACCAGUACCCGUCCACUGCGCGUCACAUUCUCGUCAUGUACCGUGGAGUCGCCGUCGAGGUUCCCGUGUACUCUCCUUCGGGCGAGCGCGCGUCCACUGCCCAGAUUGCCGCUCAGCUCGAGCUGGCUACCCAGCGUGUCGACUAUGCGCUCACCAAGAAAGGUCCCGCCCCAAGCGUCGCCCAGCUGACAGCUGCCGACCGUGAUCUGUGGUCCACUGCCCGCGAGUCCCUGUCCAAGGACAACACCAACCGCGCCAGCCUCACCUCGGUUGAGGAUGCUCUCUUCGGCGUCUGUCUCGAUGUCCUGCCCGAGGGAGUCGACCCUGCUACACUCCUGGAUCCCGCAGCCAACUGGGCCGAAUACGCACACAAUGGCGACGGAUCCAACCGCUGGUUUGACAAGGCGAUCGAGCUCGUCUUCCUGCCCAACGGUCGUAUGGGUGCCUGUUGCGAGCACACGCCCGUCGACGCGCUCACUACCGGUCGUCUCCUCCUCGAGACCCUGGCCAAGGAGGCAAACCCUGUCCCGGACACCGAGCCGAUUGUUGCCGGUCUUGAAGCCCCCAAGCCCCUGAAGUGGAACCUCACGCCCGACGUUGUCACUGCCAUCGGCAAGGCAAAGGACGAGGCCAAGACCAUGGCCUCGGACCUGCGUCUGGUGUUUGGUGACGUGCCCGACUUUGGCGCCAAGUGGAUCAAGUCGUUGGGUGUGGGUCCCGACGCGUUCUUCCAGGUGGCCGUGCAGCUCGCCCACCUCCGCCAACAUGGCCGCCCCGUGGCGACUUACGAGUCGGCCUCGCUCCGCCGUUUCCUCCACGGCCGCACCGAGACCAUCCGCUCGUGCACGUCUGACGCGCUCAAGUUUGCCAUGGCGUUUGACGACAAGGACGUCGACGUUGCCCGCAAGUUGGAAUUGUUCAAGACGGCCGCCGCCACCCAGUCGGCGCUCACUGCCGCCGCCGCCGCAGGCCAAGGUGUCGACCGCCACCUGCUCGGUCUCCGUGCCCAGCUCCAGUCGCCCGAGGAAGCCGAAAAGGCCUCGUUGUUCGCCGACCCGGCCUAUGCCCGGUCCACGUCUUUCGUCCUCUCCACCUCCAACACCACCCCCGGUGACAAGUUCCGUGGCGGUUUCGCACCCGUGGUCGCGGACGGCUACGGCGUCAACUAUGCCCUGGACCCCAAGGACAUCAAGAUCCAGGUCUCGGACUGGGUGUCGAGUAAGAGUACCGAUGCGCCCCGUUUCCUCGACACUGUUGUGCAGACUUUGAGAGACAUCCAUGCUGCGGGUCAGCAGAUUACUGCUGCUCGCUAG